AUGGAAAUGAACUAUGAUGAAAAGGAGCUCCACCGAAUCGAGGAGGAGCUCCAUGUCGAGUUACUUCCCGGCACGGAGAUCAUGGCGGAUGUUGGAUCGCAUCAUUUCGUCAAGAGCAGUGGCAGAAGCCAUCGUGUCCUGGUUCCCCAGCCUUCGGAUGACCCGCACGACCCCUUGAAUUGGUCUGCGUUCUGGAAGACAUCGGCGAUUAUUUCGACCAGUUUUCUCACCUUCAUGCAAGGGUUCGGCCCUCUUUCGUUGGCCCCUAUGUUUGAAGACUAUAUCAAGGCUUUCGAUUGCUCUCUGGCGGAUGCGGUGCAGUUUACUGGGAUUGCCAUCCUUGUCCUCGGGUUCAGUAAUUUCAUAUGGGUACCGCUAAGUACUUCAUUUGGCCGACGACCCGUCUUCAUUUUCUCCCUACUCGUAUGUCUCGGCUCCGCCAUCUGGCGAGCGCGAGCCCAAACAUACGGCAGUUUCAUGGGUGCCUGUGUUCUCAACGGGAUCGGCGCCGGUCCAGCAGAGAGCCUCCAACCGGCAGUCAUCGCCGACAUUUACUUCCUCCACGACCGUGGCAAAUGGAAUACGCUGUACUGGGUCGUCUAUAUGGGUUCGCUCAUGAUUUCGCCCAUCAUUGCCGGCACCAUGUCCGCUCAUGUGGGUUGGAGGAACUUCUGGUGGCUGAACGUGGGAUUACUCGCGCUGUCUCUGGUCAUGGUCUUAUUUAUGUUUCCAGAGACAAAGUGGCAUCGAGCACAUCCGACGGAAAUUCACCCCGGCGGAUUAGUUACCGACCAGAAGGCCUCAGUUCAAACGAGAGAAAACACCAAGAGUGACGACGAAAUGCCUCUGCCUGCAGAAGACCUUGUUUCGGCCGUGGCGCCCAGCGCCCUUACUUCAGUCGAGACUGCCCAGCGCGAUCCAUGGCUGGGUCGGGGAUCUCCCAGUAAAGCGCAAUGGGGAUUAUACACGCCCAACCCGAAUCCGAUAAAGAGCGUCCUUUUGGACGUGUGGAUCCCAUGGAAGUUGUUCGCGUUCCCAAUUGUCGAGUUCGCCAGUUUUGUUGUCAGCUGGAGCUGUUCGUCGUUUCUGACGUUGAACCUCACCCAAACACAAGCCUUUGCAGCACCGCCGUACAACUGGAGCAGUCAGACCAUUGGAUUCACCAAUUUUGCCAUUUUUGCCGGUGCCUUGAUCGGUCUGGCCACUGCAGGGCCCUUUUCGGAUUGGGUGUCUGCCCGAGCGACGGCCCGCAACAAAGGCAUUCGAGAACCCGAGAUGCGUCUGCCGGCUAUGAUCCCAUACGUGAUCAUCAUGUACCUGGGUAACAUCAUUGUCAGUGUGGGAUACGAGCACCAGUGGCCAUGGCAAGCGAUCGUGAUUAUUGGCUACACCUGUGCCGGUAUCCAGGUGUCGGCCAUUCCUGGAAUGGUUUCGACUUAUGCAGUGGACAGCUACAAGCCGGUUGCAGGCAGCUUGUUUGUCUCCAUCACUGUCAACAAGAACGUCUGGGGUUAUGGUUUCAGCAAGUUCAUCACCAACUGGAUCAUUGCCGAUGGCUACAUUCCACCUAUCAUGACAAAUGCGUCUUUGAUCCUGGUGUGGUGCUUGUUUGGCAUUCUCUUCUACUACAAGGGUAAGACCUUCAGAAGAUGGUCGAGGAACAGCUCGGUGCACAGCAUGUGA